GAUUGUCAUUUAUAUUAGAGAGAAGUUGAUUGAUUGUUUAUAACUAGUAGAUUUAGCUAUAACAGUUUUCCAUGGAAAUAUAUAUAUAUAUAUAUAUAUUUCAUGGAAAACUGUUAUAGCUAAAUAUAUAUUUCUAAUCCACAGAUAUUUAGACAAGAGACACUACUGACCUCAGUGGUAUUUAACUCAACUAUUACUAAGCAAUGGCUUCAUUGUAAAAAUAUCAGUUAUUCAAACGUCAUUUUACUGGAAUUCAGAUAUAUUAACCAAUCGUUCGCUUGAAACUCUCCAAGGAAAGGGGAUUGACAAAUUGGGUUAUUCAUAAAAUGUAAAUGAUAACUAUUCACAAUUUGCAGGUAUAAUUCCUACAUAGUUUGUACGGGCAACCAAACGUUUAUAAGAUAUUUGAUGGGGAGCGGUUUUAACUAAUAGUUUUCUUAUUUAUUUUUUUGUCAAACCUAUCAAAAAUUAUCAAUGGAUCUCAAUUUGUCAGUUUUCCAAGAACCCCGUGGGGUUAUGAGAGUUCUACAUUUUAUUUUUUCAAUUUGCGCCUUUGCUACAAUAACGGGUUACACAGGAUAUCUCAAAUCUGGUUGCAUUGAUCAAGCAGAACAGAGAGACUCAUUCAGUUACCCUUUUGAAAUAAUAAUUACUAAAGAAAUGGAAAAUAAAAAAUUUUGUAAUGUUACGAUAGCAGGAGAUUUUUCUUCCGAUGCCAAAUUUUUUGUAACCUCUGGAGUAUUAGCAAUGUUGUAUUCAUUGGCCAUUAUUUUUGUUUACAUUAAGAUGGAUAAAACCUAUAAAAGUGACACCAAAGCCCCUCUCAUUGACUUCAUGGUUACUGUUUUGUUAUCAGUUUUGUGGCUGUCUAGCAGUGCCGCAUGGGCAAAUGGGUUAACAGGUUUAAAAAGCGAGACUAAUCCUCACAUACAAGAUGCUGCAUGUAAAGAUUGUUAUUUUAUUUCCACCAGUUUUUCUUCAUUGAAUAUAUCUGUGAUUUUUGGAUUUUUGAAUUUCUUUCUUUGGGCUGCAGAUUUAUGGUUUAUUUAUAAAGAAACUUCAUGGUUCCAAGGUAAUCAGCGACAAACAGAUGGAGUAUAAGAAACAUUUUAUUUUUUCUGUAUAUAUAAAUUGUUCAAGCUGAACUAGUCGAUUGCACAAACCUUACAGACACUUGAUUUUACAUUAAUCUUGUUUGGUGUUAUCAAUAUUCAUUUAAAUUUUAUUUAAUACUGUUGGUUUGAAUAAUGACAUUUUUUUACAUAAUUUUUGUUUUACAUUGUUUUUUCCCAAGUUUUGGACUAUCAAUUAAUUAGUUAAUUUAUCUUAACAUUGUUUUCAUCAAUUCAUUGUCUUUUUAUCCUAUAUAAUAAUUAUUCUGGUAUAACAAAUAGCUAAGGUAUGUUUUAUUAGUUGUUCCUUUUCUUCCUCUCAAUUUUUUAAAAGUAGAAAUAACGUCCAAUUGCUUAAGAUCAAGCUCUUCAUAAAUAGGAAACAUAUUCAGUUGCUUAAGUGUUUAGAUUUUCUAAAAAAAGUAAAGAUAAAAAUUAUAGUCUUCCAAAAUAAAGUAUUAUUUAAGAAUUUGCAUUUUUGUGUUUUAACAAAUUUAGAAGUGAUAGAAAAGCAUUUGAUAAAGACAACUUAUUGAACUUAUUUCAUCACUAGUUCAAUAUUGAUUUUUCUAUAGCAUGUGUGAAGAGUAUAUUUGACGAACUAAAUCUCCGACUAAUAUUUUAUUUUCAAAAUCUUGAGAAAACUUUGACAGAAUUUGAAAUUUUAUUUCUACUAUAUAUGUAGGUACAUUUCAAUAACCAAGUUAUCUUCUUUAGGUGAAGAUUAACAGAUUACCUUUGUUUUUUGAAGAUGUAAACUUGUUAUACAUUGUAAUUGUUUGUUUAGUGAUAAAAACCAGUAUGUUCACUAAGAAUAUCACCAACGGUUUCAGAAGCUUUAACUUGUACAGGUUACAUUUUUGACGUAAAUUUCUCAAUUUUUUUGAAUAUUACCGAUUUGACAAUUUAUUUUAAUUUCAAAUUUGCCAAAUUCUGGAUUCACAAUCAGAACUAUUUUUUUAAAAGUCUGCUGUGCUGAAGCAAACAUAAAAUUCAUUUUAAUCCUUUAGUUCUGCAAUAUAAAAAUUUAAACAUUUAUGGAUACUAUUUUUAUGCUUAUUGGCUAGUGCAAUUGAGUGUAAUAUUCAGAAUUGUCAUAUUUUGUUAUUACGCUUGUGGAGAGAGUUUAAAUAUUAUGUUAGACAUAUAAGUUCAAUUUGGAAAAAUCAAGGAUAUAAGUUUUUGGAAGACAAAAUUGUCUUAAAAUAGUGAGUACUAAUAUAUCAUUUGUAGGAAACGAUUAUGCGUUAAAUCCACUGAACAAACUGACAUUUCAAAGACUUCGCUUUAGACCAGUGCUUCUAGUAGCGAAGUCAAAUGCGGCAGCCCUCAUUGCCCUAGUACAUUGUAAUUGUUUUUUGGAUCCAUUUUAUUAUUUUUAUGCCAAAUUUGUAACUCUUGAAUACAGUGAUUUUAAAGUUGCAUAGUUUUUUUCCAGUAUAUUGAUUAAUAUUAAUAUAUUAGUCCAGCACUUCUCUACUAGUUUUUUUUUAAAUUUGUGUAAAACGAUUUCUUUUUACACUCCUUCAAUUGAAUACUUUAGUUUUAUAAAUGCAUUGUGGUCAUCGGAGGUCAGUCUUUAAUACAGAUAUAUAAAUUUUCCACUAUUUUUGUCUUAAAUAUCCUUUAGGGUUCAAAAACUAUGUUAGGUUUAGUUUGGAGGUGCCAAAUUGUAUGUCAAGUCUGGAACUCUUGAGGACCGUGCUUACUAAAACUACAUUAACACGCACAAUGUUAUUUUCCGACGCGUGUUUCUAAAAUCAAAUCAUUAUCUUCAAAGACCGAAAGUAAAUAGUUUAUGUCACACAAAUCGUUUCUGAAAUUUCAGUUUACUUCUGAAACCUAGUAAGUAUGUUAUUCUCUCUUUCAGUCUCCAAAAGAAAGCAUGAUCGUCACAUUGGUAAAAAAACUUUAGUUUUCUAUUUUCCAAUUUGAAAGAAUCUCGCCAACAUGAACUGCUACAAUAAGAGAUUUCGCUUGACUCUGAUCUAAUCAAUGUAUUACUUAUACCACAUUCACUAUGAAAUAUCUUAAUUAUGUAUUUCCGUCCUUCUAGAUGUAGAUUAGUUUACCACCCUAUAAUCACAAACAUUUGUUUUUCUAUACUGCUACAUCUAUGAUAUAGAUUGUUUUUAAUAUAUUUUAGAUUAUAGAAAGAUAAUGGAUAGAGAGACGAGCAUAUUUGGAAAUUGUAUAUCUUGUACUUAUCUGUACUAUUUUAAGGAAGAGUUUUAUAAGCUCUCUAUAUGUGUAUCACGUUUAAUAUAUCUGGAUUAAAAUUAAAUAAUUUUUUUAUAGCUUUGUUGCUAGUUUAUAGGUUAAAUAAAAUAUUCAUUGAUUGGGUUUAGGGCGUAGUUUUAUAAUUAUUUUAUUAAUGUUUGUAGUUCAUUUUAAUGUUUUCCUUUCUCAAUUAAUAAAUUAUUAUAAAA